CGAGAGUCGUUAGUGGGUGCAUUGUCUACUUCAGUCGAGUCAAAGGAAAUUCCGUUCCGUUUAAAUCUUGCAGUGUGCCGCAAUGUCAUCAUCAUCAUUUCUUAAACCACCCUUCUCUGUGUUGACGACAGCCCGGCAUUUUUCUGUUUUGUAAUCCUGAUUGUAAGGGUAGGUAGCCCUCUUUUGCUGUCUUCAUUUUUCAUUUGUACCCUUUGCACCCUUCCCCCCACCCUCUUCUCCCUCCCCCCUCGUUCUCCAGAUCUGGCGUCUACAGUACGAAACACUUUCUAAGAUUGUACAGUGCGGGUUGUUGUGGCCAUGCUCAAUGCACUGUUUCCGACUGGUAGAUUUUUUUGUGCUUUUUAGCCUUUUUUUUUUUUUCCCCGCAUAUUUUUUGACUUGCCACAUUCGCAUGCAACUAGCUAUGGCGGAAGGAGUGGCCGGUACGCACCUGGCUAUGGCCGGACAUCAGGUCGCUUUGCACGUGGGUUUGGUUAUACAUCAGGUCGCUUUCCACUGGUUCCGUUGUGCACGAGGUGUGGCUAUGAGGGGGGGAGGAGAAUAUUGUGCCUGGACCGGUUUUGUUCUGCAUUAGGUGGGGCCAUGGAGAGACAAACAUGGAGGUUUGUCACAUUCGCAUGCAACUAGCUAUGGCGGAAGGUCUGGCUGCUGCGCAGCUGGCUAUGGCUGGAGAUCAGGUCUCGUUGCACGUCGGUUUGCUGAACAGGCCGCGUUCGACUGGUUUCAUUGUGAACCAGGUACGGUGACAGGUAGACGACAGGUUGGUCACAUUCGCACGCACUUGUAGCUACGGUAGAAGGUCUGGUUGCUAUGCGCCUGGCCAUGGCGGGAGACCAGAUCCCUUCGCACCACAGGGUCGUGUCGUUGGCGACCAUCCAUUCUCUGACUGAUCGGGCAACGGGGUGGCUAGGGGGGAGACAUCAGGUCUGUCCUGUCGCCUUGCAGCACGCUAUGCUGGAAGCUUUGCUUUGGUGGCUAGACUCACUAUGCACACGGCUAUGGAAGAGACUGAGAGUGCUUUGGACGUGGCUAUGGCAGAAAACUAGUUUGCUUUUUUGGGCAUGGCUAUGGCGGAAACUUGGACUGCUUGGUGUCGGGCUAUGGUGCAAGAUCAGAUCGCUUCGGACCCACAAUUUUUGGGUUUGGGUAAACAGGUCGCGUUGUUGCCUACCAAUUCUACUCGUUCUUUGAGUGAUCAGAUCCACAAUGUGACUGCGGUUGCUCCCCACGAAUAGAUUGCAGCAUCGUCUCAUUAAAAAAAAAAAAAAAAAAAAAAAAAAAAAAAAAAAAAAAAAAAAAAGAGACAUCAGGUUUGUCAAGUUGCCUUGCAAGGUGCAACACGCCAUAUUGGGACCUUUGCGCUCCCAAGGCAUGCGGCUACGUGAGAAACUCACUUAAGUUUGCUUCGAACAUGGCUAUGGAAGAAACCUGGUUUGCUUUUCUGGACAUGGCUAUGGCUGAAACACAGCCUGCGGUGGACUUGGCUAUGGUGGACACUCAGCCUGCGGUGGACAUGGCUAGGGCGGAAACGACGAGUGCUUUGGACAUGGCUAUGGUGGACAUGGCACAGAUGCGGACCAUGGGAUAUGUGGGUUCGCACUGCGGUGAACCUGUCUUUGCUCCUCAUUCUGGGAGAAAUGGUGAGAGGUAGGUGAGAGGUAGGUUAGGUGAGAGGUAGGUGAGAGGUAGGUGAGAGGUAGGUGGAUGGUGCGAAAGAGGUUAGUGUGAGGAAUUUGGCCUUGUAAGAUAAACUUGGGAGUGGGAGAAAAAAGAGGAAAAAAAAAUUGGAAAAAAUUAAAUAAAAUAAAAAAUCAGGAUUUACUUGGAGUGGGAGAGACUGGAGGAGGCGGCGAUAAGAAACUUGAGAAAAGCCGUCCCAUGGGAGCCUUUAGCUCGACUUAUGAGCGUCUUUAAAAACAAGGGGCCGAAGGCUAACACCCUCAUUUCGAGAAAUCGCGGCGCUAGACUUCAUCGAACAUCUCUCUGCGCGAAAGGCAUACUUGCACUGGGCCUUUUCAGGUCUGAAUGUAGCCCGACUGGGCAAUAAAUACAUCCAUGAAAGCCAGUAGUGUGAGAAAUUCCUUACGCGCUUGACUCUCCAAUAUGCGCGUGUUUGUUACAUCUCUUCCUAAUUCGUCGAGUGCUUUUGCAUGCUUGAGUUAAGCCACCAGUACUUCCUAAAGUUGUGCCCAUUAACAAGC